AUGUUUAUGAAUCCGGUGUCAGCAUCUGGAGUUCAACUUCCGGCGGUAUACCCUCUAGUGAACAUUUUGCUGCCUCUGUUGAACAACGUUUACAACCUUCUUCUAUCGUUGCUGUCUAUAUUUGACACAUUACCGCCAGCUAUAAGCUCCUUAAUACCAGUGGACCUCGGAGCUUUAGAGACUUCGUUGCUUAAACUGUACUCCCAAGCAUUGGCUAUCGUGAAUUUCCUAAGAUCCUUACCAGAAUAUGCCGCUGGCGCCAACCCUAAAUCGCCUUGCUCGAACAUGCAAGGUCUUCUCACAACCCUGGUCGCGACCAUCACAGAACUGGCCGAUGAUGUACUGGUUGUUAUUGGCGGCGGUCUUCUACCAGGUCUCCUCAGAAUGGUGGUCAUGGUUGUACAAGCCCUGCUUAACUUGCUAUUUUAACAGUCUCGAUUUAAA